AUGGCGGCCGGAGAUGGCUCGUCUGAGCCAGGCGACCAUGAGCAGCUUCAGGAAACCGUCAGCCAUCCUCCGAAGCCAACGAAGCCCAAGUCGACCGCAGACGAAUCCGAGGAAGAGGAGGAUGAAGAAGAGGACGAAGAGCCACGACUCAAAUAUGCUACGUUGACAAGGAACGUGAGCUCCAUAUACCGCAAUGGAGAUGCGACGAGCGCCUUUCACGUGGCCGGGGACAAAAUGAUCGUUGGGACUCACAACGGAAACAUUCAUGUCUUCGCUUUGCCCUCAUUCAACUCCGUGCGCGUCUACCACGCUCACACAGCCAGCAUAUCGGCUAUCUCGAUAUCUCCUUACAACCCCCCGCUUGCAGGCUUUCGUCUCGACCCAGGCACGAAGUUAGCAGCCGAAGCUGCUUCGAAAGCGGAGAGCUCACCCUCAAGCUCACCGGCGCCGAAAGGAAAGCAAUUGCAAACCCCGCUACCAGAUAUACCUCCAAAUCGGAUAUACGUUGCCACGUCUUCCAUAGACGGGAAUGUGUGCAUUGCAUCAUUAGUCGAUCCUCGUGAUGUACAGUUGCGCAAUUUCGGAAGACCUGUUCAGACUGUUGCCCUGUCCCCGGAAUACAAGUCGGAUAGAACCUAUCUGUCUGGUGGGCAGGCUGGCAGUUUGGUUUUGACUACUGGUGGACAAGCAGGCAAAAGUGCCAACGCGACUACGACAGGAGCAGCGGCGGCCGCCUCUGGCUGGCUUGGGUCGAUCGGUCUUGGUACAAACACGGGUUCAGACAAAAUUCUGCACGGCGGUGAGGGUAUCAUCAGCACUAUCAAAUGGUCACUCACAGGAAAAUAUGUCCUCUGGGUAAACGAACAAGGGAUCAAAAUCAUGAGAUCGAACAUGAAGCUCGAAAGCUCAGAGGCUGGCCUCGAAUGGAAACGGAUGAGCCAUAUCGACAGACCUAAUCGUCCUGGAUGGGAGGAUAUGGCGGGUGUAUGGAAAGCUCGCGCUGAGUGGAUCGACCGCGAUAACCUCGAAACUGACGACGACUCUCCCGUUAGCGCCCUCGUCCCUGCUCCUGCAAACGGUGCAUCUCCUAAGCUAGAUCCGAGGAAAGCAAAAGUUGAAGAAGUCUUAGUAGGGUGGGGAGAUUCAGCAUGGAUCAUCAAGGUCUACCCAGGAUCUCUGGAAAGUGGAGGUAAUAAUAAAAUUGGACGCGCUGAAGUCGCUACGAUUAUACGAUUCGAUGACUGUACAAUAUCUGGAAUUUCGUUAUAUACCCCAAGUCUGCUUUUGGUGCUUGCAUUCAUGGAAAAGAAAAAGGGCAAUGGUUCAGCGUCUCAAGACAGCGAAGGCAGCAGGAGAGGCCGACGAGCACGACAUAAUGCAUUAGAACCAGAGUUGCGUCUAGUCAACAUCGACACGAAAGAAGAAGUCGACACCGAUACUCUCACUGUGAGUAGAUUCGAGACCCUCUCGGCUUCAGACUAUCACUUGGGGGUUCUGCCACCGCUUCGUAUCCCCGCUGCACUUCUCCAAAAGGGGUACCUCAGCACCAUUGGCUCUGGUAUGAGUACGGUUGGUUCAAGUCUCGCCACAGGCGUCGAGACCGUUGGUCAAGGGAUGUGGGACGCCACCAUGUAUGGGCCGCGCCUCCUGGGUGCAAAUCGAAUCUUCAGUUCAGGCGAGAGCAUUCGAAGCGGUGUCAGUGGCCCUGAUAAAACAGGAAGCACCAGAGAACGCAACUAUCUCACAGGCUGGAUCCCCGGCUUUGGAUCCAGUGAAGCAGGUGCCAAAGAGGAGAUAAAUACCAUGGCCACAGCACAAAGCAUGAAGAUCUUCAUUUACAGUCCCUAUGACUGUAUUGUGGCAGUCAGACGCAAUCUUAACGACCGCAUGCAGUGGCUUGUGAGCCUGAAGAGAUACAAAGAAGCCUGGGAACUGGUUGACCAGCAUCCCGAAGCGGCCGGCACCCUCUCAGAAUCUUCGGAAACUUCAUCACCGCCAAGUCCAUCAAAGGCUAGUUCCGUCGCAAGGUCAGGCACGGCAGUCCCUCUGAGCCCAACGCAGGCUCGUCAGCAGGCUACAAUGGCCGAAUUUUUCUCGGAUUCUGUUUCGAUCACGAGUUCAGCGCGGGUCAAAUCGAAGAACAAAUUCUCUGCUGCUGAAAAGGAGAAGCGCAGAAUAGGCGAGUUGUGGCUGAAGCAAUUGGUUGACGCCAAUAAAUGGUCAGAAGCUGGCGAAGUUGCAGCAAAAGUCCUAAACACAACAAGCCGAUGGGAGCACUGGGCAUGGGUAUUCGUUAAAAAAGCGAAGUUUGACGAGAUAUCGCCUCACAUACCGACGUUGGAACUCACACCCCCUUUGCCAUCCUCCGUUUAUGAAAUCAUCCUCGGUCAUUACGCGGAGGUUGACAGAAUUCGAUUCAAGGAGCUUCUUGAUGAAUGGCCUUCUGAUCUUUUUGAGAUCAGCAGCAUCACAGCAGCGAUUGAAGAUCAGUUCCGCAGUGGUAGUGCUCCGAAAGGGUCGCAGGAUUGGAGGCUAUUGCAGGAAAGUCUGGGGAAACUGUUCCUCGCAGACGGGCAUUAUGACGAAGCUCUAAGGUGCUACAUCGCUUUGCAGGACGCAGACACAGCCAUGUCAUUGAUCAAGGAACAUCAUCUCGUCGACGCCAUUGCUGACGACAUUCCCAGCUUUGUGAUGCUGCGAGUUUCGCCUGAACAAGUGAAGAGCGCGACCCGCGAGGAACUGGAUGAACUCGCUGCUGACCCGAUCAAAGUUCUCGUAGACGAAGCUACUGCUGGAGUCGUUGAACCCGACGAAGUUGUUGCGCAGCUUGAUAGGCCGACACUGAAGCCUUUUCUCUAUUUCUAUCUUCGCAAUCUGUGGCGCGGCGAGGGGACCCAGGAAGCGCCCGCGUUACCCCGUGUUGGACAUUCAGCUAUUACCACGUCGCUUGCAGCCGACACCGGCAAACAACAUGUCGAGCACUUCGCGGACAUUGCUGUCGAAUUGUUUGCCGAAUUCGAUCGAGAUCUGCUUAUGGAAUUCCUGCAAGCAUCCACGGCUUACGCUUUCGAAAACGCUGUCAAAAUAUGUGAGAGGAAGCAUUACGUUGAAGAACUCGUCUAUUUCUUGAGCAAAACCGGACAAACCAAGAAAGCGCUGUUUUUAAUCAUUGACGAAUUGAAGGAUGUCUCAAAGGCCAUCGCCUUUGCCAAGGAGCAAGCUGACCAGAGUCUCUGGGACGACUUCCUCGAAUACAGCAUGUCGAGACCAAGAUUCAUUUCAGGUCUCCUGGCAGAGGUCGGAACUGCGAUUGACCCUAUUACCUUGGUGAAAAGAAUACCUUCCGGGCUGGAAGUGGAAGGCUUAAAGGAUGGACUGAAGAAGAUGAUUCGGGAGUAUGAUCUGCAAGACAGCAUCAGCGCUGGGGUUGCGAGAGUGCUCAGUAGCGAAGUCGCCGUCGGGAUGGAGACUCUGAGAAGAGGUCGGAGAAAAGGCAUCAAGUUCGACAUUGUCGCGACAACAGGGAAACACCAGCGGCCACUCGCGCAGGACCUUGAUGGUUCCAAGGACCAACCGGCGGAGGAACAACAAACCGAAGCCGAAGAGGCAAUUAAGCCAGGACAUUGUGCGUCCUGUCACAAGGCGUUCCAUGAAAAUGAAAGCGAAACUCUGGUCGGGUUCGCUUGCGGGCACGUCUAUCACGUCUCACAUCUGCUACAUGGCCCCGAUGCGGAAGGCGACGAGGUGUUAUUACCCCAGAAUGGAGCUCUUCGUCCGGAUGAUGGCGAAGCCGAGGAAACCAGGUUUUCGAGAACGGUGGGACCAAAGGUCACGAAUGCGCGUUUACUGAAAGAUAAAAUACAGAACGUUGGCGGAUGUACUAUAUGCAAGGGGUCAAGGGAACGAAUGGAGGCUGUGGGUGGCUGA